AGAACAUUGUUGGUGUUAGGAUCUGCUAUGUUUGCUGGGAUAUCUAAAGACACACCUUGGAUGAUGUUUAUAGGUUACCUGGCUCUGGCAAAUGGCGGCCUGGGAAUCUUACAGACAAAUAAUCAGGUAUCGUACAUGUUCGAGAAAGGUGGACCGACCGUCAUAGGGCUCAUAUGUGGAGCUUUUGACGCUUCCGGGGCUGUCAUGCUGGGUGUGAAGCUGGCAUAUGACAAUGGUGUGUCUCUUCAGAUGUCCUUCAUCGUUAUCGGUUGUUUGAACAUAAUGGCAGUCAUUAGCACCUUUACGUUCCUACCUAAGAAAUUUAUCAAAAACACCCAACCCAAUUCGAACACUGAUGCAGACCAGGAAGCAGUCUCAUCUGAAGGGGCAAACCAUUCUUCCUUGAAUAUUAAAAACGAAUCGUCGGAAAAGACAAUGCUCCUUCGUGGUCAAAGCAGAAACCUGACCUUGCAUGGUCUGAGAUCCGAGGCUAGUGACACACCUCCAGGAAUCGACACUUAUCCCACAGCUGAAGAGGGGAACCACGUGGCCACGAAGGGUGACGUUUCCGGGAUGAAGGAAGAUAAAGAAAUAUCAAAGAACAGCUUACUGUUGGGCUACAUCUUCAGCCCUCUAUAUAUGCUGACUGUUGUGUGGGGCUGUGUGAUUCAGUUGAUAUUUGUACUUUUCAUCGGUUCGUUCAAUGCCUGGCUGGAACAUAUCACACACCACGUGCAAGAAAGAGUGAGCGUCCUGACAGACUUCUUGUUCACAGUCAUGCUGGCUUCGCCGGUGGUGUCUAUACUAUCUGGGGCCAUGGUGGACUUCUUCUAUUCUAUACAACCAGAAAUGAGAAGCCAUAAAACCCGGACUCAUUACGCUCUAGCUGCGCCUAUUGCCUUAACCAACUUCCUGGCCUUGAUACUGUGCGCAUGCGUCGUUGUCGAGAGAGAGGAUAUGACGUAUGUAACGGUCAUCACAUCCGUGUUAUACAGAACGCUCCUAUAUAGUGGCUUGACCCUGUUUUCAAGAUUGAUGUACCCGAGUGAAUAUUUUGCGGCAAUAUAUGGUGUCUUAUUCACGAUCAGCGGCUUGGUGAAUUUCCUGCAAUAUCCUCUGUUUCUCUGGUGCCAGAGCUCCCCAAGUGGAUAUAGACAGGUAUACGGCAUGCUUGGUCUGGCGUCUAUACUGAUAUCAGUACAGCCGAUAUAUUUGAUAUAUACAGGAUACAGAGAGAAACAAUAACCUCAUGUAUAUCUAAGUGUGUGAUUUGAGUCUAUUGCUCAAGGCAACAAAGAAAGAAAGAAAUUUUAGUAGUUACCACUAUCAAUGUAAAUUUCACCAUCAAAACAAUGCUCUCGAGUAGCUAUUAUGGGCAAGCCUUGUUCAUCCAGAAUCACGCUCAGAAUCAUGUGAAUGGAGUGAUAAUUGAAAAUUAAAUAAAAUUACAAAAGAUGCGAAGCCCAACUGUAAUAGGGCAACACCAUGGUUCUAUCUGCCACUGUAUAAUUACUUCACCGUAACAUUUGGCAAACUCCUGGUGCUAUUUCUGAGCAUAUGAAUCUUUGACCACGACAUGUCAAGCUGUCUCUCAGUGUAUAUUGUUCAAAUGUUACGGUGUGAAAAAUCUCGUUUCUGCCAUAAUCCGGGCUAUAUCUGUCAAUGUAUACUUGCUUGAAUGUAAUAUAUUACAAAAUCAUGGUGCUCUCUGUAUAUUAUGCAACCUUAAUUGUGGCAAAAUCAAAGUUAUAUCUGUUAGUGCUUGUAUUGUGUUACCAUAACAUGUUCAUAAACCUUGUUCUAUUCGUCAUGGUACAAUUGGACUGUAUCAUAUAGCAUAAUCCACCUACUAGUAUUCAUUCCGGUACAUGUACCCCCAUAGCCCUUUUCCCCAUUAAUUGUCUUUCUCCGUUGUGUUUGUAAGCAGAACGCCGAAUUUCUUUCAUGGAAAUAAACAUACAUAAUUGUA